AGGGCCAGCUGGGCAUUGCCGAGAGCUGCUGGGGCUGGGAGCGAGGUCUGGCCAGAGGACAGUAGUGAGGAAAGGGCCGGGGGUCCGGGAUGGGGCUGCUGGUGCUGGCCCUGGCUGCCUGGCUGGGGCUGGGGCCGGCCUUGGCCUCCGAGGGGGCGGCCAACAGCAGCCGGCUCUGCCAGGAAGCGCCGGCAUGGAGCGUCAACGGCUUGAGCCCCAUGGCAGGCGCAGAAGGGCAGGUGACGGUGGUGGCCCUGCUGAAGGCCAGCUGACACUUCUGCCUGCAGCAGGCCCACAGCCUCGGGGGCCUGCAGGAGAGGCUGGCCCGGCAGGGCACGGUCGAUGUCCGCUACAUGAUUGUCAACGAAAAGGCGCCGCUCUCCCGCGCCAUGUUCGGGGAGCUGGAGCGCCAGGCCCCGCCGGGCGUCCCCGUCUUCCAGCCGGAGCCAGAGGAGCCCGACAUCUGGCAGGUCCUGGGGGGUGACAAGGACGACUUCCUCAUCUAUGACCGGUGCGGCCGCCUGGCUUUCCACAUCCAGCUGCCCUACAGUUUCCUCCACUUCCCCUACGUGGAGUCGGCCAUCCGCUUCACCCACAGCAAGGACUUCUGUGGCAACUGCUCCUUCUACCCCAACGCCACCCAGGAGGCUAACAGUACCAUGGAGGUCCCUGUAACGCCGAGCCCGCUACCCGAACAAGAGGGGAAGGAGUCAGAGACCCCCAUCCACCAGCACAACCCCCUCCGUCCUCACCACCACCAAGAGGUCAGCAGUGAGAGAGCCACAGACCCCAGUGGGGACCAGGAACCUGCCACCCGCACUCACCACCACCACAGAGACCACAGCCAGCCCCAUCACGAGGGGAAGAAGCAGAAGGAGGGAAAUAAGCACUAAGCCAGGCUGGGCAGCCUUGCAGAACCCAGUAGUGUGCAGACCACGUCAACUUGCUUCCCAGAGGCACGGAAGGACUUGCUUUGGGCUGCUGGUCACCAGCAGCGUUGGAAUAACAACCCCCUCCAGCAUCCCCCAUGUGGGUUGUACUCCCACGAUGUGACCACGGAUGAAAAUCCCCCUCAGACUCCCCGAGGUGCUGCAUUUUCAGCCCCAGGGCUCAGUUCUGAGCCUUCCUCUACUGCUGCCUGCCUUUCCGUGCUCAAUGAAGCCUGCCGUGCAAACCGGGAGGUCCCUGGUCACUGCUGGCUGACACUGCACGGAGCAGCAGGGCAGGGGUGGAGGGGCCAGAACUGGGAUGGGAGCAGCACUACCGGCACGCUCUGCCCAUCCUGGCACCCCUGGGUGUCCUGGCACCCCUGGGUGUCCUGGCUGGGGAGUGAGGGGAGGGACAGUGUGUGCCCCGCAGGAUGUGAUCCCAGUGGAUGGGGGCACUAGGAGCGGUGGGAGGUCGCAGCUCCCCAUGGUCUAAACCCUGUACCCCCAUAGCUGUCACAUCCUGGGGACCCUCCAGGCCUUGCACACGGGUAUGUGCAGUGGUGAUGGGUGGCCGCAAGAUGGUGGCCUUGUCCCCUCUUGGAGACCUAGGGGCUGUAUCCAGGGCCCACAGCCCUGGGAGGACGGGGGUGAGGAUCCUGGGGUCUCUCCUGGGGGAGAAGCGAGAUGGGAGGGUGAUGCGGAUAUCCAGAGUACGAAUAAAACCUCUGUGAAGCGAA